AUGAGUAGCAGGACGGGGGAGAACUUAAUCAAAUGUCCAGUAUGUGGCAGGCGUGUCGCAUUCAUCAGCAUCAAUAGCCAUCUAGAUGCAUGCACUGCAGGAGGAGGCCGAAAGGAGCGAGGAACAACGUCCGUAUCUGAGAUGCUGGGGCGCAAGCAUAAGCUGGAGGAUGAGGAUAGCGUGACUGUGAUCUCGGACGUUAAUAUGGAGGAUAGUGAGGUGAUAGAGAUGGACGACUCUCCGCAACGGAAGCGGGCACGUGCAACAGGGACGGUGAACUCAGAUCAGCGUGAGCUGCAGAAAAUGGCACAUUUGCCCUUAAGUGAGAAACUUCGUCCCCGCGAGCUGCGGGAGUACGUGGGGCAACAGCAUAUUCUCUCCCAGGAAAGCGGGGCACUAUACAAAUAUGUGAGCCAGGGAACAAUACCUUCGAUGAUACUAUGGGGCCCCCCAGGGGUAGGCAAGACAUCGCUUGCACGCUUGCUUUCUAAGACCGUGAACGCACGGCCCCAAGCGAAGAUCACGUAUCAGUUGGUGGAGACGAGUGCGACCAAGGCUAACGCCCAGGAACUGCGGACAGUCUUCGACAACGCCAAGAAGGAAUUCCGUUUGACAAAGCGCAUGACUGUGCUAUUCGUGGAUGAGAUCCACCGCUUCAACAAGGGCCAGCAAGAUCUGCUGCUACCUUACGUAGAAUCCGGAGGGAUUGUGUUAAUUGGCGCAACGACAGAGAACCCGAGCUUCCAGCUGAAUAACGCGCUUCUGAGCCGAUGUCAAGUGUUUGUGCUCAACAAACUCACAGAAGAUGAGAUGAACCGGGUUCUUACCCGCGGCAUAGCCAUGCUCAACAAGUGCAGGCGUCUGUUGUGGGAGAACCCUCGGCCAUUGAAGCUGGAAAUGGAGUGUAUAGAGUACAUUAACAGAGUCGCAGUGGGUGACACACGGAAGGCUCUCAAUAUCCUGGAGAUGGUCGAAGUGUCUACAAGACAAAUACCCACCGACAAAUCCCUGCAACUGCAGGACAUGAAGAGCCUGCUACAAAACGACUCGAACGUGGUGCGCUCCUACUAUGACGCUGGCGGAGAAAACCACUACGAUACCAUCUCUGCAUUUCAUAAAGCUAUCCGCGGAUCUGACGAAAAUGCAGCGCUUUAUUAUCUUGCGCGCAUGCUGCAAGGUGGCGAAGAUCCGCUCUUUAUUGCGCGCCGUAUGGUGCGAAUUGCCAGUGAGGACAUUGGCCUUGCAGACAACACCAUGCUCCCGCUGGCGGUCUCUGCACACGAUGCCGUCAUGAAGGUGGGCCUUCCGGAAGCGGACUUAUCCUUGGCUCACUGUGCUGUGGCCCUCGCUCGCGCGCCAAAGUCCGUCCUGCUGUAUCGUGGGUGGAAACAGCUGAAAGGUAUGUUGAGCGAAAACAAGUACCAGAUGGCUAGCAGUGAAAUUCCGCUUCACCUGAGAAAUGCGCCAACAAAAUUGAUGAAGGACCUUGGCUACGGGGCCGGUUAUAAGUACAACCCCACAUAUAAGGAUGGCAAGGUCAAGCAGGAAUACUUCCCGUUGGAGGUCCUUGCCAACUGCACAGACAGAAACGAGCUGCGCUUCUUGGCCGGCCCGCACCUCGGCACAGAAGUCGAUCCAGACUAA